GGCCGGCGGGUUGACCGGGCCGGGGUUGGAGAAGUUUGUACCGCGGCUUGUGAGCGCAGUGUGCGGGCCCCGCCGGCCGCUGCGCGCCCGCUGCCAUGGCUUUCCGCAGAAAGACGAAAAGUUACCCGCUCUUCAGCCAGGAGUUCGUCAUCCACAACCAUGCGGACAUCGGCUUCUGCCUGGUGCUCUGCGUCCUCAUCGGGCUUAUGUUCGAGGUCACAGCCAAGACUGCCUUCCUAUUUAUUUUACCUCAGUAUAACGUUAGCAUGCCUACAGCAGACAGUGAGACCGUACACUACCACUACGGGCCGAAGGACCUGGUCACAAUCUUGUUCUACAUCUUCAUCACCAUCAUCUUGCAUGCUGUGGUUCAGGAGUACAUUUUAGAUAAAAUCAGCAAAAGGCUUCAUCUCUCCAAGGUCAAGCACAGCAAGUUCAAUGAAUCUGGACAGCUGGUAGUCUUUCAUCUCAGCUCUGUGAUAUGGUGCUUCUACGUGGUAGUGACGGAAGGAUACUUAACAAACCCAAGAAGCCUCUGGGAGGAUUACCCACAUGUGUAUCUCCCCUUCCAGGUAAAGUUUUUCUACCUGUGCCAGCUGGCCUACUGGCUACAUGCACUUCCCGAGCUGUAUUUCCAGAAAGUACGGAAGGAGGAAAUUCCCCGUCAGCUCCAAUACAUCUGCCUGUACCUGGUCCACAUAGCUGGCGCAUACCUCUUAAACUUGAGCCGCCUGGGCCUGAUCUUACUGCUGCUGCAGUACUCAACUGAGUUCCUCUUCCACAUGGCUCGACUCUUCUACUUCGCAGACGAAAACAACGAGAAGCUGUUUAAUGCCUGGGCUGCUGUGUUUGGGGUCACCCGCCUCUUCAUCCUCACCCUUGCUGUGCUGGCCAUCGGCUUUGGACUGGCUCGCAUGGAAAACCAGGCAUUUGACCCUGAGAAAGGCAACUUCAACACCUUGCUUUGCAGGCUGUGUGUGCUGCUGCUGGUGUGUGCUGCCCAGGCCUGGCUCAUGUGGCGCUUCAUCCACUCCCAGCUGCGGCACUGGCGGGAAUACUGGAAUGAACAGAAUGCCAAGCGGAGAAUCCCAGCUGCCCCCAGACUACCAGCCAGGCUCAUCAAGAGGGAAUCUGGUUACCAUGAAAAUGGAGUGGUGAAAGCAGAAAACGGGACCUCCCCACGGACUAAGAAACUCAAGUCUCCUUAAGGCCAAAGUGCUGGGAACAGGAAUCCUCUUGGUGGGGGCCCUGCAAGGAGGCCAGGAGCCAGGCCUGGUCGCUGCCUCCUCCCUGCUUGUGAUGCUCCAUCUCAAACAGCACAAGGCCGUCUCUAAACGGGGCUUCUCGCUUUCUCACUCCUUUGCUUUCUCUUCCUUACUCUUCCGUAAACCAUUCUCAAUAAAACCAAAAAUCUUCCUCCUCCUCCC